UUGGGAUGAAUGCAGGUGCACUGAUGCGGAGAAUUCGUCUUGUCAUCGUGGAUGAAGAAGCGUCAUCGCGAAACGGGGAAACCGUUCAAGAUUUAGAUUCAAAUGACCAUUUCUGCUUAAACUAACGAGAUCGUAUAGGUGUAUCGACGAAGCCCCGAGGUAUCACAAGCUGUAGCUAUGUCUGCUGAGAGAAAGCCAUUCCGAGUGAUAAUGUGGUGCGUUCCACGGUCUAUAUCAACAGCACUGACAAAGUGUUUCAGCUGGAUUGAUAAUACAAAGAUAUGGUUUGAGCCUUACUGCCUCGCCUUCAUUCAAGACUAUGCCAUGAAGUCCAUGGGUGUUACGUUGCCAGCCAAAGCUGCCGAUCUUAGUCCGGAUUUCGUCUCACAGCUAAACGCUGCUACGAAAGGAACUCCUCUGGAAAACAGACUGAAACCAGAGGUGAUGGAUCUAUCAAUAUUACUACGAGAUGGGGUUCGGGAGCAGCUGGAUUCCUUACCUGAUGACCAAUCGGUCUUUGUGAAAGACAUGGCGUACGGAGUCACCAACUUCCUGGACCUUCUCCCGAGUAAAGAAUCGGGCUUCAAACACACUUUCCUAAUCCGUGACCCGGAAAGAGUUUUCCCGUCCUGGAGAAACCUCCUUAUGGCUCAGAUGAAGAGACUUCCGCUUCCGGGUCAGAAGCCCAUAGACGAAUCAACCUUCGAUAUGACCACAGAUCCUGGUUUCAUGAUGCCUGGAUACACCUACAAGUGCCAGUACGACCUCUGGCGGCAUGUCAAAGAACACUUUGACCCGGAACCGGUAGUGAUUGAUAUUGAUGAGCUGGUGGCCAACCCCAAGCAACUCCUACCGAAGUACUUUGAAGCUUGUGGAAUGCCGUGGGAUGAGAGUCUCUUAUCCUGGGACGCGAGCCCAACGGUAGCCCGGGAAUGGAGGACUCUGUACCCGAUGGGUUUUGGUGAGAGCGUGACCUAUCAGAGAGCGUUGGCGUCGACUUCUUUUCAACCGUCCCGACCGAAACUGCAAAGGUCGGACAUGACACCUGAUGCAAUCAAGGCAAUCGACGAAACUGCGGACUUCUACAAGGAAAUGGCGGCAAGUCGAAUCACUUUUGAUUAAACUAUCAGACCUUCUAACAUGUCUAAAGCGUGGUCUACUCAACCUGCAAGAGAUUGAACAUAGAUCUUUGACUGCAGUAAUACUUAAUAAGCGUUUUCAAAGUGGCGUCUCUUGGGAAUUAGGCGCCAUAUUUUAUGCCUGUGGUACAUUAGAUUAUAAACUUUCUUGUCAUUUUUUGUUUGUUUUCGUUUUUUCUUCGUCUUCUUAUGCGUGGAAUGGUAUACAAAUUCAGCAUUAAAUAUUGUAGAUCUCGAUCGGAAUCAGUAGAACAUAUCGAAGGCGGAGGAUACUGCCACAAAAAGACCAAUGUUUCGGUUAUUAAAUUCAAACGCUAUUUCAUUGCAGUUUCGAAUAACAUAAAAAUAUCCCGUUAGUCUGUGAGUUUGCGCAACUUGCUGCCGAGUAGACUGCAUUGCCUAAGGAAAACAGGCACCGCGCCACCAUCUUCGCUACACGACAGACGUGUUUGUUUGAACAGGCAGUCGCUCAUAGUGGCAGCUAUAACUUAGCAUCUUGUAUGUGGGUGAGAGUUGUUUGUAACAGACGAGAAAUGGGGGAACCAGUUUUGCUGCUUUUAGGUCCAUUUUCCUCUUGAAGGAGGAGUACUAAUUUCCAGUCUCCACGCCCUUUCUAUCCCUCCGAGGAUGUUCUAGCUGGUCCGCAUUAGUAACAUUCCGAGAUAACCGGUCCCCUUUUAUUCGGGAACGGUAUCCAGAACAAGAAGCUCCAUUGAACAUUCAUACCCGUACGACCAAUACGACAACCAUUCAACGAGGAGAGCUUCUUCGAGGUUACAAGACGUCGACACGAUCCAUGAACUGUUCCACUUAAUGACAAGAGAGGACGAUAGUUAAGAACUCUCGCGAGCCGUAUAUUCGAGGGAAGUUUCCUUCAACGAUUUAUUCAAAUCCGUGAUCACUUUAGUGCAAGUUAAUCGAAUUAUUUUAAACAACAUUGCCGAUUUAAGUAAAUUAAUGAGAAAACAGUGUUGAUUCAUUUCACAUUAUGCAAACUCAAAUAAUAAUGUGAGAACAUACAUUGUAGAGAUACAGUAAUAAAUAAUUGGAUUUCACCUUUUAUUUACAAUAUACUACUGAACAGAUUAUUUUGCUAUGUCUUGACUAAUUUUGGAGAAUGGGAGACGGCAGUCUUUUUUAAGGAUAACCUAAAAUGGAGUUCCCUCAACGCUUGUUCUCCUAAAUCUACCUUAUUCCAAAACAUUGCAUUUUUAGCAAUGAUAUCGCUGAUCCUCGAGUAGUUCCGGAGACCCUCAUUUUAAAAUCAAAGUUUAGUUCCCUAUUUACGUUUUUGGUGCGGCACAUAGGUAUUAUUUUACUAUUCGAGUACCCCUCCCCAGGAUACCACCCUUUUGCCUCAAUCUUACUUCAUUUAUUGAUUGUAAUAAUGAUAAUGCUAUUUAGUUAUUGCAAGUGUAAUAUGAUACAUAUUUUGUUAUUGCAUUGACUUAAUUAUUUUGAUCAAACUAUAUUUUUUUUGUGAUUUGUAUUUUGUUGGAAAUAAAUGAAAUGAAAUUUAA